AUGUUUGGCAUAAAGAAAGAGGACAGUGUGGUUACUUUAACUAAACCACAACUAUUUUCAAUUUAUGAUAAGGAAGUUAUCAUAAACGAUCAGGAUUACAAUCGAGUCAGGGAUAUCUUAGCACGCAAAAGCGACGGUAAAACGUUUAAAGAUCGAAAAGUUCAUGUGAACGCAAUCAAUGUAAUAUUUGCUGGUCUUGUGCUAUUUUGCCUUGGUGUUGUGUUUGCAAUUAUUUCUGAGGAAAUCUACGACAAUUGUUCUCUAACGAAUGGCGUACUUUCAAUAACACUAAAUAAGAUCAAUACAUGGAUGAAUGAGUACGUGACAGGGACACCAAAAUGUGUGACGUACGGAAUACUGGGCGUAUUAUGUGGGUUUGUCAUCCCAAUAGUGGAUAAUAUACUGAAUAUUGAUAAGAGACAGAUUAAAAACAACGAUUUCAAUUCCAUUUUGAAAUGUUUGAAUGCUAUGUUGGGAAUUUGUUUAGGAAUUCGCAACAUUGAAUGGUCAUCCUCAUUGCAGGCGAGCGUUGCAUGGUGUCUUUUAAACAUAAUCUUAUGGUUGUUUUUGGAUGGAACUGAGUCUAUAGCCCUGGUAGGAAUUGUCAUAAGUCUUACCAGCUGCGUUAUCUCAUUUCAACAACUUUUUGAUGUUACUGAAAUAAUUUAUAUCGUUGAUUUCUACUUCUUCAGUUUCCUAGUUUUUGGUAAGAUGGGGAGAUACUUGUUUAGAAGUUACUAUAAUUAG